UCUUCGUUUUGUAUUGAAGCUCUCUGCACUUGAAAUGAGGGGUUCCAACACUUAGCUAAUCGACUUGGGUCCCAUUUCAAACUCUCAUUCAUUCAUUCAUCAUCAUAACAAGUCAUUCUCCAAAAGGCCCUUUAUUCAUAUCACCAUCCCUUUUUCCCAUACAUGAAGAAUUAAUGGAUGGUUAAUGGAGCAUGAAAGUAAUAAACCGCUCAAGCCAUAGAGCUCCAUAUCAAAUCAUAUCCCUCUUUCUAUAUAGUUCUACUCCUCUCCAUUACUAACCUAGCUAGAGAGACAUAUAUAUAUAUAUAGUAUUCUAGACCCAACCAAAAGCAAAACAAUAGUGUGUGUUGGGUCAUGGUUGAGAGGUCUAUUUUCUGUCCAUAAAUACCCAUCUGCUGAACCAAACUCUUUCCACUUCUGCAAACUCUAGUUCUUGUUGCUCAACCAAAACAAAGAACCAAAAGAGAGACUCAACUCUACAAAUAAGAACUAAGAUAUUCAAUUUGGGGUAGUUUUUACCAUUUUGAUCAUCUUUGCAAAUUAUCAUGGAGUUCCCAAAACAAAUUACACCAGCUGAUGAUCCUGAGAGCUCUUCCCAAAAGAAAUUGGGAAGAGGGAAAAUCGAGAUCAAGAGGAUCGAAAACACUACCAAUCGACAAGUCACAUUCUGCAAGCGCCGCAACGGUUUGCUUAAGAAAGCAUAUGAACUAUCUGUUCUUUGUGAUGCUGAAGUUGCUCUUAUUGUUUUCUCUACCCGGGGGCGCCUCUAUGAAUAUGCUAACAACAGUGUUAGAGCAACAAUCGAAAGGUACAAGAAAGCAUGUGAUUCUUCAAACACUGGAUCUGUAACUGAGACUAAUGUUCAGUUUUAUCAGCAAGAAGCCUCCAAACUAAGAAGACAGAUAAGAGAAAUUCAGAAUUCAAACAGGCACAUACUAGGUGAAGCUCUUAGCACUUUGAACGUCAAGGAACUCAAGAACCUAGAAGGAAGAUUGGAGAAAGGAAUCAGCAGAAUAAGAUCCAAAAAGGUACUGAGUGAACUUUCCUUUUGUAACUGGAACAAAUUUAAAUUUAAGUAUAUCACAUCUCAUUGGUUUGUAAUCAGAAUCUCAACUGACAUUUUCCAAUAUAUAUGUUCCCAGAAUGAAAUGCUGUUUGCUGAAAUCGAAUAUAUGCAAAAGAGGGAGAUCGAGCUGCAAAAUCAUAACAAUUUUCUGAGAGCAAAGAUUGCUGAAAAUGACAGGGCACAACAGCAGCAAGCAAAUAUGAUGCCAGGAACAUCAUCUGCGUAUGAUCAAUCAAUGCCUCCUCCUCAAUCAUACGAUAGGAGCUUUCUCCCUGUAAUCCUUGAGUCCAAUCACCACUACAAUCGCCAAGGGCAGAACCAGACACCUCUCCAACUUGUGUAA